AUGAAGCGCGCCAACCACAAUCCAAAGCUUUCCAAGAGAACAAUUGCCGACAAUACACGACCCGCGCCUCUGCCCAGCAUGCGCGACCCCAUCGAGACGAAGGUCUUCCGCCCAGCUACAACCUCGCCCAGCGGUGUCUUGUCGCGCUCCCAUGCCUUGGGCUCCCAGUCUCCAGAAAAGACCAUAUUCGAUAACCUAUCAAAGACGACAACUUGGUUUGGAGAAUCAAACCACAAUAUCCUUCCCAUGGGUCACGAUGGUGAGGACGCCGCCAACAAGGCGCGCGGCCUUGGCGCCAAUGUCACUCUUCUCCGUCCGGAGCUCGUCCGGCCUUUCAACACCGAAGAGUUUCAAGGAACGGAAUUCUGCUUCGCUCCGGUCCUGCAAUAUCCAUUUCAAAAGAAGCCAAGAACCAUCCGAAAGGCGGCGGUCAGGGCGGCAGACCGCGAGACGCUGAGACGGAGGCAAGAAGCGGAGAGGCUGAGGGAGGAAAGCCACGACACGACCGAACUGCAAAAUGCGUUCGAGAAGUACCAGAAGACGGCGUGCCUGCCAUCGGAGCAGUCGCCGCGGAAAAAGCUCAUGAGUGAGGCGCCGGACGCGCAAGAGACGGCGGACGGCGAGUUUGACGAAGAAUGGGAAGUCGCGCAGCAACAUGGCGAUUUCGAGAUUAGCUGGGCAAAGGGUUUCGCCCCGGAAGCCCGACGAAAGCCUUCCAACACCGAAUUUGGUCCUGCCCCAGUGGUGAAGCGACGAGCAGACGGUUCGGCGCGGGCCAACUGGAUCAGACAGAAACAGGUUGAUCCGGACGUCAAAUACCUCCUCACGUUUCCAGGUGGUGAAAUGGCCGCUCAGAAGGCGUACAACCUGCUUGGACGGAAAGAUAUGCUGCCGUUCGAAACCCUUGAGGAAGCUUCGAACGACAGCGUCGUCAUGCCAGAAGAUCCUCCUUCGACCGCGACCCACACCUCGGAAGAGAACCGCUUGGCCAGGUUGGAAGCUGCGAAGGCGCAGUUGCCUGAAGUCGCAGGGCUUCCGAAGAAUGAUCACACCAGUAACGAAGAUGAAGUCCGCGAUGAAGAGCAAGUCUCGGAUGACGUAUCCCUACCACCAUCUGAAGCAACAGGCGAUGGGCAAACGGACGACAAGUCCGUGCAAGAUGCUGGUGACGCAGCUGAGACUGGACAGCUUGGCAUCGACGACGCAGACCGAGUUCGCACGUUCGAGGUCCCUUCCUCCUUCUUGGACACUAGUAUGCUCAGCUCCGGUGGCCACGACACUCCACCUCAGCCAAGCACGCCUCAGGCUCUGGCACUACCUGAGCAGCAGGUUCUCGAUAUUGACUUGAACAAGGGUUCCGACAUUUUCGCCUCGGCCCUGUUGCAGAACCGAACCUCCACCGUGUCGGCAUCCACCGUGUCGCACCUCAGCUUCACCACGCCGCAGCCAUCCUCACCGCCCCCAAGUAUGAAAUCGCAGCUAUGCGGGAUAGACAACGAUAGUCGUUGGUCCCCACUAGCGCAGUCCCCCACACCAUCAUCGCCCACUCCCUUCAUCACUGUGGGUGAUUCGGAUCAGCCUGCCCACGACAUUGGCUUGGAAAAGAAUCAAGCAACACACAAAGCCCACAGAAACUCCUCCCCUAUCGAAGCCCUUGCAAACCUUAUCAGCCCUAUUCAAGACAUGGCCGAUACUCGUGUUGUUCUGGGUCAAAAUGAAGGCCGGUUUUUUAUCCGGUUUAAGCUGCCAGAUGAACAUGCCGAAACCUUCUUGGAGAAAGUCGACCAUGUUCAAGUCGAUACAUACAUGAAACAAGAGGACGAGGCGGCCGAACGGGAAACAGAACCCGCUGUUGUUGUCCAGGAGCUGGAGGAGAAGGCUACCAGCGAAGUUGUAAAGGUCGUGUCAGAAGAUGAUCCUCGUGAUCUUCUCAGACAGUUCGUUACGAAGCAUCAGGCUGGCAAGGCCAGGCCCUCGGCCGCAAACAUGUCUGCCGAUACCGAAUCGCCUACCGCCGAACGCGUCGUGGCCAAGCCUAACGCAGCCAUACCAACCGCGCCGAUUCUGCCAGCUGAGAGCCCCCGAACGCCAGAGUCAGGGUUCAACCGUGCUUCGAUGCGUAUUGAAACGCCUACUUUAAACAUUGGGUCCGACCAGCCUGCUCUUGAGACUCCUAUCAGGAACAGUUCGGCCAAAAAGUCCAAGCGAACGCCUCUUGGCAAGCUGGACGCUAAUAGCCCCAGUCCUGUCAAGCCAAAGGCUGGCAAAAGAAAGAUGGACGAAGACGGCGACGACGAUGAGCAAAAAGAUUUGGAGAAGACGCCAGAGCCGUCCCCGAAGCGCAGACGCGGCCUUCGUUCGAGGAAGCCAGCUACUCCAGGACCUGACGCAGCUCCCGUCAACUCGCGUCUGGUCCGGAACGCUGAGAAAGACCUUGCUUCUGUGACGCGAGCUAAUACCCGCGCCAACAAGAGCGGUGCUCUCUAUCCGGCCGAAGUCCUUGCCCAGUUUGCCGAAGACCCUUUGGGUCAACAGUGGAAGGAGAGGAAAGCGGUAGUAGACGCACGAGCGUCCCGGGCGGUCAAGGUUGGCGCUAAGAGCGUUCACUGGCCCGCGGCUCUGGCUUCAUACCAGACCUUCACGUCUGACGAUGGCACGGAUGUUGCUGCCACUUUAGCUGCUGCGCCUAUUUCCGCCUCGGAGCCCGAGCCUGAGUCCCAGGAGCUCACAGAGGGACAGUCGAAGAAGAGCCGAGCCGUUAAGUCCAAGUUGCCGGCGCCCGUUGGUCGUCCGCGUCGUGUUGCCGCUCCAGUUGCGCCAGCUACCCCCAGACCUGCCACACCUCGAGCUCCCUCCGCCAAGAGACCUGCUGCCAAGGCGCCGGAGGCGGACGAGGACGCCAUCGUCGGCAAGAGGCCAACGAGGGCUGCAGCCCAAAAGACCAACAUCAGGAUGGGCCUCACAGCAACCGGCACGCCUUUACGCCGCCGGCCUACGCGAUCGACGAGCACGUAG